UACAGAAAUAUUUGCAAAAAAAUACCUCGUAAUUGGACUGAUUAUUCCAAGCAAUUUAUUUAGGGUAAAAAAUAUUUUCAAUUCCGGUUUACGAAGUGUCCCACGCGCAUCCGGUCUUAUUAUCAUCUGAAUGGGACUGAUUAGGCGAUUGUAAUGAGGAGCUCAGUCUUCAGUGAGCUCAAAGUCAGUCUGAAGCGAACUCUCAGCGAUGUCGCCGGUGUGGAUGCUGCUGGCCCUUGCGGCCGUAAUUAUUCCGUCAACGAGGAGUAGUUGUCCACUUCAUCCCAACUCCGCUUUGACGACUGCUCGAAGAACCCCCGGAGACGGUGGAUACAAAAUCCUCACGAGUGGAAGGGACACCAAGUACAUUCCCAAUACGAUAUACGCAAUUAGUCUGCGAGGUUAUCAGACACACGAGCGACACCAGGAGUUCACGCGGUUCCGACUAUCUGUGGACUCCCAACACUCUCCAAAUAGUCAAGUAGCUAAAGUGGGCUCCUUUCAACUCUACCCCAACGGCUUAACAACAUUUGAUGAGGACUGCGUCAACACCGUUUCUGAAAUAACCGAUAAUGGCAAGGUGGAGGUGCAAGUUAUGUGGCGGGCUCCAGUCGCUGGCUCUGGCUGUGUUAUAUUCACGGCGAUGGUCAUGGAGUCCCCCUCGACCUGGUACGCCGAGGAUGGAAACCUGGUGAAGACCUUCUGCGAGGCGACUUCGGAGCCAUCGGAUGACGGGAGCGGCUGCUGUGCUUGUGACGAAGCUAAAUAUUCGUUGAUAAUGGAGGGCAUCUGGUCAAAUACGACGCAUCCCAAGGAUUUCCCCUUCUCCAGUUGGCUAACGCACUUCAGUGACGUAAUUGGUGCAUCCCACGAGCCAAGUUUUUCCUUCUGGGGCAGGGAACACAUCUCCACGGAUGGCUUCAGACAAUUGGCCGAGUGGGGUUCAGCAUCGGGAUUAGAGGCGGAACUUCGCGUCAAAGCACAACACUUGAGGACACUGGUCAAGGCCGCUGGUCUAUGGUAUCCCAAUGUCAACACCAACACCACAACUAGUUUCAGGGUGGAUCGUAAGCAUCCACUGCUGUCGGUCGCCUCAAUGCUGGGGCCAUCGCCUGAUUGGGUAGUCGGGGUCAGUAAAUUGAACCUCUGCCAGAAGGAUUGCUCAUGGAUAUCGACAAUGAAUAUUGAUCUGUAUCCCUGGGACGCGGGUACCGACAAUGGUAUCAGUUAUAUGUCACCCAAUUCAGAGACUAAACCGAGGGAAAAAAUGAAGCCCAUCACUACUUUAUAUCCUGAGGAUCCACGUUCACCCUUCUAUGAUCCCAGCGGUAGGCCGAUGAUUCCCCUGGCUAGGCUCUAUCUCACGAGGGAGAGUGUCAUCAAGAGAGGAUGCGAUGAGGCUGCCCUCCAGGAACAAGUGUCCCAGUUCGAAGUUGCUGAGAACACAGAAGAUACUAGUCGACCUGAAUGCGCUACGACGGAUUACGCUGCCUGGUCACCCUGUUCAGUUACGUGUGGGAAGGGUCUGCGAAUGAGAACACGCUCGUACUUAAUGCCCGAGAAAGCACAAAUGCUACAAUGCAACAGACAACUGGUCUCCAAGGAAAUGUGCGUCGCUAGUGUACCAGAGUGCCCAGGGGAGGAGGAGGACCUCGACGACGACAGCCUGAAUAUUGCACUUCCCGAUCCAGGGAUUUGCGAGGUCAGCGGGUGGACAGAGUGGUCCGAGUGCUCGUCCACGUGUGGGAGUGGGAUCAGGAUGAGGAACAGGAGAUUCAAUAAUAGAAUGGGGAGGAAGAAGUGCCCUCAUGUCAGUUUAGUGGAGAAAGUCGAGUGCACCGGACCUCCUUGUGCCCCGGGAACUGAAGAAGUUAUUGAUCCAUCUUGCAAGGUCACAGACUGGUCGGACUGGUCGCCCUGCAGCGCUAGCUGCGGAAAGGGGGUGAAAAUACGAACGCGUCUUCUCCUGGUUGACCCCUCCAGACAAGCAGAAUGUUCCUCUCGAGUGGAGCUUCUCCAACAACGCACCUGCCUCGCUCAAGCAGACUGCACCUUCGACAUGGCAACAGCGAAGGUCGUCUGCAUGGAGGAGGCAGACGUGGGGCCGUGCAGGGGGUACUUCCAACGAUGGUCCUUCGACCCCAAGCGACUGGAUUGCAUAUCCUUCGGUUACGGGGGAUGCAGGGGGAACAGAAACAACUUCCUGACAUUCGAGGAGUGCAGUAAUACUUGUGGUGUCGUUAAAGCCGCGUUGACGGGUCAACAGCCCUCGGGGGUGGAGAAUCCACUAAGUAAACCUACCCUCCCCCCCGUGGAUUGUAUGGUAUCUGAAUGGUCGCCCUGGACUCCCUGCUCGGUUUCUUGCGGCAGCGGUCGGCUCACCAGCUUCAGGAUGAUUAAGAGGGAAUCGGAAAAUGGUGGCAAACCCUGUCCAAAAAAGCUCACUAGACGCGCCAGAUGUCAAUUAGCUCCCUGUGAUUAAAGUGACUCAAUUCUAGGAAGUCAAAAGGCAAAAAAAACUUACGAAGCACUUACUUAAUUAAUCAAGGUGAUGAAUACACUUGAGCCACGACAUACUUACUCUCCUUAAUCAUUACUUUUUUUUUAUUUGGUUGAGUAUGCAAUAAAAAGGCUGAUGGUAUUCCA